GCGAGGAGGAGCAACACGGAGAGACCCGAGGAGACAAACCCAAACCAUGAUCCACUUCCAGGACAACCAACCUCCCAACACGUUAUGUGAAGUCUGAGGGCAAAUACCUGUUAACUGCGACAGAACGGUGCAACAAGACGACCCGUACAGCCAGAUACCCUGGGCUGGUGUUGAAGAUGCUUUUGUCCGGACGUCAUACGUGGAGGUAACCCUGAGUGUUGUUGGCCCCUGUCCAUACCAGGUGGCGAUGGCCAGCUUGACCCCCCAGUGGGGGACAUGUGUCUGGCUUCAGACUCUGCUGGCCUUUGCAUUGGCCAAAUGUCCCUCAUUGGCCCCAAACCCAGUCAACUUCUCUGUGGUUUACACCAUGCCGUUUUUCCAAGCCUGUGGCCCUAUUCAGAACAUUGUCAACAACUCACUGUACCAGGAGGUGUACGUAGCCUCUCAAAAUGUGAUCGAAGCUGUCAACAGAAGCUUGGAGAAGACAUGGGGGCUUCGCACUGGGCCGGUAGGAAGUCCAGAGUGUCAGGUUUGUGAUCUGUGUCAGAUUGACAAAGAUCCCAACUUCUUGGAGAACACAAACAAUCAGGUGUUGUUGUUGGACACCCUCUUUAUGUAUUUGUAUUCCUGUGGAAGUUCCCAAUACGGCGUGUGCUAUUUCCACCAACUCAACGGCAACGGAGAGCCACCGUCUGUUUCUAAGUGUUUGUUUCGAGCUGAUUCAAACUCUGCUGCCUACUGUCCUGACUGUGUCGCCAGCCCUCUUGGAACCAAAGUCACCAUGGUGGAGGAGGGUCAGACGGUCUAUUUCUUUGUUGCCGCCACUGUUAAUGAAAGUGUGACUCAGCGCUAUGGCAGGAAGUCUAUAUCAGUGCGUCGACCAUUGGGAACACAAGAUGGCUUCUACAGUGAUGUUCGUGGCCUGACAGUACUUCCUGGGCUUAGGAGGACUUACCACAUUGAAUAUGUGUACAGCUUUUUCACUCAGGAGUUUGUAUACUUCCUCUCAGUUCAAAGAGAGAGCCCGGACCAGGAAUCAUCUUCCUUUCAAACUCGCCUCGGUCGUCUUCCGCGGAAUGAAUGGGAGAUGAAACGAUAUCGCGAGGUCAUCCUAGAAUGUCGUUUUGAACCUAAACGACGGAGGAGGAACGUGGUCAGUGAACCCUACAAGGAUGUGGUGUACAAUGUAGUUCAGGCAGCACAUUUUGGCAAAGCAGGCAGGGAGCUGGCGGAAGAGUUGGGGGCAGAGGAGGAGGAUGACAUCCUCUAUGGGGUCUUCGCUGUCACGGAUGACAAUGGACUUACGGAGCAUGAUUCAGCCCUCUGUGCCUUCCCCAUGGACAAUGUGAACGAAGCAAUCGCUGACGGGGUGGAUGACUGCUGUGAAUCUGGACCAGAGCAACUCUCCAGGGGACUUUGCCAUUUCCAGCCCUGUGAAAGCUGUCCUCAUGAGAGCAUGGAGAACAACGCCACAUGCAGAGACCAUCCAACCAUGGUUUCACAGCCCUACUACAGAGUGGACCUAUUCAACCGACAAAUGACAAACGUCCUUCUCACCUCUCUGUUGGUGACCACAAUUGACAACAAGACUGUUGCCCAUAUCGGUACCUCGACGGGUCGACUGCUGCAGCUUGUGCUGACAAGAUCGAGUCCGAUUAUCUUUGCUAAUUAUUCUUUGGUAGAGAACCAAAGGAUCUCAUCCAUUGCUGCAGUGUACUCAUCAGAGUAUCUCCUCUUUGUGGUUGGAGACAAGAUGUUGCGGGUCCCCCAGAGAGGACCAGGAUGUCAACAUUUCCUGACUUGUGCAAUGUGCCUGACAGCCCCUAAGUUCAUGGGCUGUGGCUGGUGCUCAGGGGUGUGUUCAUGGGAGAGCGAGUGCUCAUGUCACUGGAGGAAUGAGUCCUGCCCACCACGGAUCACUGGGUUCUUUCCACGGACUGCUCCCCAUGAUGGUCAAACAGAGUUAACAGUGUGUGGAUGGGAGUUCCAGUCACCCCUAAGACCUGCUAUUAGCUCUAGAACCCACCUUGUUAGACUGGGACAGACAUCGUGUACUGUGCUUCCUGUCAAGAGUAACAACACACACAUGGUGUGUAAGAUUCGCUCUGGGGCCACUGACCUGUCAAAACCAGUCAACAUUACAGUAGAAGUGCAUGAGAAUGAGGGAGGCAUGAAGGUGGAGGGACGCUAUGCUAUUGACGGGAAGGCAGAAAUGCCUGGCUUUAGAUUUCUGAUCCCCAACAUCACAGAGAUCCAGCCAAACUAUGGGCCUCGCACCGGGGGCACAUUGAUCACAGUGACAGGAGCACACUUGGAUGCCGGAAGGACCAGGAGAGUCACACUCAAUGAUGUGCCUUGUCCUAUAAAAAGAGUCACAAAGCCUAAAGGCAAUAUGUCCUCCAUCAUCUGUCUGUCCCAGCCUAUCUCAGAGGUGAGGGACGUACCUCUCAGUGUAUUCAUCGACAAGGCUCCUGUUGUCACAACAAAGGUCUUUUACUACAAAGAAAACCCCAAGAUUACAGCCGUCCUACCCGACUGUAGCUUUGACAGAGGGUCAAAUAUUAUGAUUGAAGGAGAGAACCUGGAUUCUGUUUAUCGUACCAUCAUCCACUUUAAACCCAAUGAGAGCCACCUGAAGACUGUGACAAGGGAGUGCAUCGGCAAGGCCUUGUCCUCAAGAAUGGAAUGUGUCACUCCUGUAUUUCCAAGGGAUGAGACAGAGGAAGGGGAGCUUUCCUUUGACAUGGACGGAGCAGUUGGACUUUGGAAAAAAGAGUUUUCCUACCACCCUUAUGGCGAGCCAAUACCCUUUGAAACAGAGGGACAUGAGCUGCAUUUGUACCCUGGGUUUGAUGAAGUUUCACUACAUCAUCAGAAAUUAAACCUGGUUAGCUCCUGCAUGACCAUCAUUAUGACGGUGGCGGGUGUUGAUUGUGAUGCUAAAGUCCUGGAUAAUGAGAUCACCUGUAGGAUACCCAAAAACAUAACCAUCCCCAGUGAGGGACUGCCUGUGAAGAUCUCCAUUAACGGACAGGUCCAUAAUGUGGGCACAGUAAUAAGGGUCAGCAACCACACCAUGGUGGGGAUAGUGCUGGGGAUCCUAGCGGCUCUGGUGGCUGGUGCAGUGCUGGCCUUCGUUGUCAUGAAGCACUUGAGGAAGAAAAAGAAAGCAUCCAUGGUGGAGAGCCGUUUGGGCCACAGUGCUUGCCGCUCUGGGACAAAUAAUGUCGAGAUGUCACCGGUUGGGGACUACAGGAGAGUAUCCCUGAAUCCCCCGACUCCCAUUGUUGGGCCUGUGGCCUUCCCCAGCCUGGCCUAUACUGCAGGCAGUAUAGACGUUACUCUCACUCCUCUAAUGGCUGCAGAGAAAAUUUCCAUUUCCAGUUUUAGGCCAGAGUUAUUGGAGGAGGUUAAGGAUGUUCUUAUUCCUGCUGAAAUGCUCCUUGUGCAACACCAUCGGAUCAUUGGGAAGGGUCAUUUUGGAACAGUCUAUCAUGGCUACUUCACAGACCACAGCAGCAGAGAAAUACACUGUGCAGUCAAGUCUUUGAAUAGAAUAACAGAUGUUGAGGAGGUGGAGCAGUUUCUGAAGGAAGGUAUCAUAAUGAAGGGUUUCCAUCACAUCAAUGUGCUGUCUCUGCUGGGCAUCCUCCUGCCACAAGAAGGUCUUCCUCUGGUGGUUCUGCCAUAUAUGAAACAUGGAGAUCUGCGCCACUUCAUUCGCUGCGAGAAGAGGAACCCAACCGUGAAGGAUCUUAUCGGUUUCGGACUGCAGGUUGCCAAGGGGAUGGAGUAUUUAGCUCAGAAGAAGUUUGUUCACAGAGAUCUCGCAGCACGCAACUGCAUGCUGGAUGAGUCUUAUGUAGUCAAGGUGGCAGACUUUGGCAUGGCCAGAGAUGUUUUUGAUAAGGAGUACUACAGUAUUCAAGAUCACAGAAAGGCUAAACUGCCAGUCAAAUGGAUGGCUAUUGAGAGUCUACGGACACAGAAAUUCACUUCUAAGUCUGAUGUGUGGUCCUUUGGUGUGCUGAUGUGGGAGAUGCUGACCAGAGGAGCAAGCCCUUACCCAGAAGUGGACCCUUAUGACAUAACACACUACUUAUUGAAGGGCAGGCGGCUUCCUCAGCCUCAGUUUUGCCCUGACCCUUUGUAUAGCAUUAUGCUUGAGUGCUGGGACCCUGAUCCAGAAUUGAGGCCUAACUUCGCUACGCUGGUGUCAGCUGUCACCACCAUCAUCUCAAGCCUCGAGGGAGAACACUACAUCAGUCUGAAUGUCACAUAUGUAAACCUGGACCAGCCGAGACCCUACCCAGCACUCACUGAGUCUGCUGAUGAAUGUAACUCCACAGACGCUGAUAGUGACUCGGGCUGAGUGUCUUCCUGAGCCAUCCAUCCAUUUUCUGUACCGCUUAUCUUCACUAGGGUCGCGGACGUACUGGAGCCUAUCCUAGCUAUCUUCGGGCGGCAGGCAGGGCACACCCUGAACUGGUCGACCAGCCAAUCCACUCCCAUCAAAUUGAGCUGGCAUCAGUUCUAAACACAAGAGUACAAAAACACAAGUCAAGUGUGUUUUACCCCUAAGCAACUACAACACCAGCGGUCCAUCCAUUGUGCAUGUGUGUGUGUUUUUGGGGUACAGUAAAAGGUUUUCCAGGCACACUCCAACAUACAGUGAAAGACUGUUACCAACGAGUAAGAGCAGCUUUGUUACUUCCAAAUUGUCUCUUUCAUGACACUUUUGCAUUCUUUAACAUGUCAGAAAGUCAAAUAGACAUUAUGUUCAGAAGACAAACUACAUUUGAUGCUGCUUUUUCAAAACAGAUUGGAGCUAAACUUGUCUAAAACUGCACUGAGGCUUUUCAAACACCAAACUACAUUACAAGUAGAGUAGCUUUUGUGAUACAAAAGCCAUAUUACACAUUGUAUACCACCUAUUACAUUUUAUUGUGGGUGCAGACAUUAUAGAAGGACUUAUUAGCCACAACUUUAGGUACAAUUGCACAGUCUAUCUGAAGAUCCAAUACAAUGGGCAGUUAAAAAAUACAGCCUUUUUACAAUUAGGGAUGUUCGGACCACUUUUUUUCAGAGCAAUACCAGUUCGUGUGUUCAGUCGUGAGUACUCACCGAUACUGAGGACUGAUACCACUUGUACUUUUGAAACAAAAUCUCAAUUGACACAAAGAAAAGACAAUUGAACAAAGACAUUUCUUUCUUUCAGACGCACAUGAUGAUUGACUGGCAUGUCAAACUGCUGUAGUGUAGCGCCAACUACUGGUGAGGAGGACUCACUCGAUGUCAGAUUUUUUUUUACCUUACGUUUCGUUGGCUGGUAUCGGCAGCCUUCACAAGUACCUGAUAGAUUGAAAUAAGGCCGGUAUCAGCCGGAUUCCGAUACCUGGUAUCAGUCCUCGCCCAUCCCUAUAUACAAUAAUUGUAAUGAUCAGUUUAAAUGUCACAGACAUUCAUUUAGUAAAUACAUAAAUCAUCGUACGAAUAAAUAAUUAAAAUAGAGGUGUUCCUAAUAUAUUGGGUAUUCUAUUUGGCUCCAUUAGUUGGGCAAUAUAUUAAAAUGCCUUUGUAGUAUUCAUACCAAUACAAACUGCAGCCACAAUAAUAAACACAACCCAAACAAAGUACACAAACAUAAAAACAAACAUUAGAACAGAGCAUUGCCAUCUCAAUGUGGGCUGAAUUAUUUAGAACUCUUGUAUUGAAUCGCUCAGACUGUACAGGUCUAUUUAAUGUUGUAGCCAGUGCAGUUUGAAUCUAUACGUCUAACAGUUUUGAGGAGCGAAUCAACAUUACCUCUCAAAUAGCAGAAUAAUAUAUGGGCUUGUUUUGCCGACGUACAGCAUUGUGGAAUGUCAAAGUUGCAAGCGUCCGCAAUUAAACCUUACUAGUGAACUAUUGUAAAUAGAAAAUGGACUGCACUUAUAUUGCGCUUUAACUCCACCGUGCGGUCCCCAAAGCGCUUCACAAAGCCUCACAUUCACCCAGUCAUACACCAAUAACCAAGGACACUUCGACAACAGAGAGCCGGGGCCGGGAUUCAAACCGGUGACCCUUCAGACGAUCCACGCUAUCAACUGAGCCACACAGUCUGUGUGCUGCACUUGUAACACGACCAAGCCCUACUAGUAGGCACAUGAUACACAAGCAGCCUGCUUAACCCUACUAGUAGCACCAAUAUGCCCACUAGUAGUUUUGCCUCACUAGUAACAGUAUGCCAAAGUUGUCCCAUUAGUGCACAGCAGUGGAAAGAAAGUCCUUCUAACUGCGACCUAAUCAUUCUAUUAGUGCACUGAAUUGUCUUGCUAGUGGGGACAAGGCAUACUACUAGACAACAUGGAAAUGAAGGUGGAUAUCAAGGAUAUCGAAUAUAUGCUAAAACGGUAUUCCAUAUGUCUGGGUAUGACAUUUGCUUUUAAUUGUAAAACAGUCCAGUGAUUGUUCUGUUAACUGGGAUGAAGUGAAGCAAUGCGAUGCACCUCAAUGUCCCUAAAACUAGAUCUGAUGUAACUCGUAUUGACCACAUGUCUUUGAGAUAGUGUAAUAAAUUAAAAUAUUUAUUUGUUUAUAAUUGCGUUAUUUUUCUUUGGAUGCUCCUUUUACGUGUGGUAUUAGAUUGACCACUAGAGGUCAGCAUUGUGUUACCUAGGAAUCUAAAGGAUGAAAAGUGUUCUCUUGGCUUCAUUUUGACACCACUGUAUUUGCAGUAGAAUAGCAACACGUGACCCAGGUCUAUUACCCAUGGUCUGUUUAAAUCAGUAAACAAGCAAUGUAGAUGCUGCAUGGAUUAUUAAAAACAGACUUGAAGAAAAAAACAAACAAACCACCAAUUAGGCACAUUUACAUUUUUUCUACAUCACUCAUUUAAUUUGCCAUGAAGAUUUAGUCGAAGGAAGCUACUACAUUUUCAAUUAAAAGAGCAAAUGAAAGAGUCAAGAGUUGACAACUACUCUGUCAUUCUCUCAAAUAAACCAAACAAACAUCUCCCCAUGCACAGGCACAGCCUCUGUGCCAUCCACACCUCACGCACAUCCCACACAAAGAAAACCAGAGGGACGUAAACAUCAUGUUUUUUUUUUUUCAUUCUGCCAAGGCGCUGUGGGGCCUUUGAUAUUGAGAAAAAGUGAACCCGAGGUAGAUGUCACGGAUACUUCACUAUCUCUCUUAGUGCAAUUGGGGGCUAUCUCUCUUAGUGCUGCUCAUGAGCGUGUGUGAGCAUCUCAAGUGUGUCUUCUGAGCUGGGUUCACCAUAAGGUCCUAUUGUGUAGGCCCUUUGAUGUCAAUCUUGUCCACAUAAAUGUUUCCUCUGUUACCUCUUCUGUGCUUUGUUUUUUUAAAGUCAGCCUUAUCAGAGGAACCUUGCUGCUGUCAUUAGCCGGUGUCAGCAGACUUUCUUAAAUUUACAAAGAACAAUCCAGAGUCACUGUCCCCGAUGUCCACGCGAUGUUGCAGAGGCGUGUCAACCAGGACAGCCCCACAACAUCCAGAGCCUUUAGGAACUCCGGCCAAAUCUCAUCCACCCUAGUCUUGCCACCGAGAAGCUUUUUAACCACCUCGGUGACCUCAACACCAGACUUAGGAGAGCCCGCCUCAGAGACCCUAGACUCUGCUUCCUCAUGGGAAGGCGUGUCGGUGGAAUUGAGGAGGUCUUUGAAGUAUUCUCCCACCGACACACAACGUCCCGAGUCGAGGUCAGCAGCGCCCCAUCCCCACUGUACACAGUGUUGAUGGUGCACUGCUUCCCCCUCCUGAGAUCCAGGACGGUGGACCGGAAUUUCCUCAAAGCCGUCCAGAAGUCUUUCGACCUGGCCUCACCAAACCUCUCCCAUAACCGGGUUUUUGCUUCAGCGACCACCACCCAAAAGCGUUACCGUUAUAUUUUGACUUGUUUUCCUCUUUCCUCUUAUUUUCUUCUUCAUGAAGGAAAAAUAUUGUAAAUAAACUGACUUGAGAUGCGCCCCCACGUCAUGUGACGUGACUUUUGAUUUGGAAAAUGUAUUUUGUUUCCUUUUCUUCUCUGUCUCUCUCACUUCUGUAUAUCGGAGGUGAUUGUUUGCUUGGACUUCAG